AUGGCCCUGGGGCCUGGCGGCCUCCUGCUACUCCUGGCCAUGACCGCCUGCUCCCCUCCACUGGGUGGCCAGGUCAUCAGUGCCUGGCCCAGAGGUGGGGACGGCAGUGGAGGUGGCGGGGUGGAUGGCACUGGCAGCCGGGCACCAUGGACCCCAGGGUGCGGCCGGCCCCAGGCUUCAGAUGCAGAAGGCCGCAUUGUGGGCGGUCAUGCUGCCCAGGCCGGUGCAUGGCCCUGGCAGGCCAGCCUCCGGCUGCGGAAGGUGCACGUGUGUGGAGGAGCUCUUCUCAGCCCUCAGUGGGUGCUCACAGCAGCCCACUGCUUCUCGGGGUCCCUGAACUCAUCCGACUACCAGGUCCACCUGGGACAGCUGACCAUCACCCUGUCCCCCGAUUUCUCCACCGUGAGGCAGAUCAUCCUGUUCUCCGGCCACCCGGGAGCACCGGGGUCCAGUGGGGACAUCGCCCUGCUGCAGCUGAGCACCCCCGUGACGCUCUCCAGCCGGGUCCUUCCCGUCUGCCUCCCCGAGGCCUCAGCUAACUUCCGCCCGGGAACACCGUGCUGGGUGACGGGCUGGGGCUACACGGCAGAGGGAAAGCCACUGCAGCCCCCGUACAGCCUACAAGAGGCGGAAGUCUCCAUUGUGGACAUUGAGACCUGCACCCAGGACUACACCGGCACAGGCAGCAGCUCUAUCCAGCCGGACAUGCUGUGUGCCCAGGGCCCCGGCGAUGCCUGCCAGGACGACUCCGGAGGGCCUCUGGUCUGCCAGGUGGACGGGACCUGGCUGCAAGUCGGCGUGGUGAGCUGGGGCGAGGGCUGCGGCCGCCCUGACCGGCCUGGGGUCUACACCCGCGUCCCUGCCUAUGUGAACUGGAUCCGCCGCCACGUCCUGGCCUCGGGGGGCUCGGGUCCUGGGCUCACGGGGCCCCCUCUCCUUUUCCUUGCCAGCUUCUUCCUCCCCGGCCUCCUCCUCCUCCUCAUCUCCUGUGUCCUGGUGGCCAAAUGCUCUCUCCAUAGGGCUUGGGUUGGCUCUCCCUCCCUUCUGGCCUCUGACCCUUGA